CUCCGCUCUCCCAGAAUCUCUUCUCCCCCCAUCCUCGUUCCUCGUUUUACACCGCUCUUUUGGCACUGCAGUAGCCAGCAACUGCCUCUCAUGGACCACUGCCUGCUCCUCCUUUCUUCCUUUUCCGUGUCUAUCUUCCUUAUGUUAGCGUUUCGGGGUCAUGCCGAAGGCGGGGGUGCUUCUCCUCUCCUGAAAGCCAGGCCAAGGAGGGUUAACAGGCAGUCUCGUUCGGAGCUUCAGCAGGCCCUAGCCUGGAUUGAGCUGGCGACGGCGUCAUGUCGGACUCGGUCCCCUAAUACCUUAUGCCUUGCCAACCACGUUGCGAGUUCCUUCGUUCGAAUCCGCCGACGACCCUUGAGGAUUGGUGACGGACUGCCGAACACAUCAUGGCCUAGAUCAGCACUCUUAGUCCAGCCACCAGGGAGAUGAGUCGACCGGAUCUAGGCUUCGAGGGUGAUCGGUCCUG